GAGUUUAAUGUCGGGUCUUGCAGUACCCCUCUCUGAGUUCACCGAGCCCGGGGCGGACCCAGUAGCGAUUAUACAGCGGUAUCGGCGUAGGGGCGUGCCCAUGACGGAACUUGUGAAAAGUUUCAAACGCCAUGGAAACAAGAUACAAGAAGAGCUAGUGCAGCUGAUCAAUGACCAUUACAGCGAAUUCAUCGGUCUGUCCACGAAAAUGGAGGAGGUCUCCCGUAAGACGGCACAGCUUCGGCCUCCUUUGAGUGCAGCAUUGAAAUCCUCUACGGCAUCAACUUCGUCGGUGAAGGAACAGGUCGAUAAGGCGGAGGCUCUAAUGAGGAAGAAAGAAGACAUUCGACGUGAACGACGACUACUGGGCCUGUACUACGAGAAUCGUUCACUAUUGAAGAAGAUUUCUGAUCGUUUACCCGACACUUCUUCUUCUUCCUCGUCCCCCUCUACUGAUCGUCUCACUCUGGCCGGGUAUGCAGCUUUGGAAAACAGCGCCAUCGAACUCACGAGAAUCGAAUUGGCAUUGACGGAGACUCAAACGUCCCCGACAGAUACCGUUGAAGUCUCCGAGGCUACCACGUAUAUCGAGGGCUUGCGUGGAGAUUUGGCUACUACACGUGAUCAACUACAUCAGACCCUUUCGCGAGAACUCGAUCGUCUCCUGAAAGUAUUCGCUGAGGCUCCUUCUGAGGACUCUUCCUCCGUGUCGUCAAUGUGCUUGGUAGCGACCUGCAGAGGGCUGAUUAAUCUUGGGCACACUAGUGACAUUUGGAGCUCCGUUGUGAGUAUUAUCGUGGAAGAGCAGUUGCGAGACAUUGCUGCUUCGGAACGAGGAGGUCUGAUCGCCGCCUCCUCCUCCAAUGCUUCUGUCUUGCUGGGUCCGUAUUUUGAAGAGGUGAAGGCUGUGUUCGAGAGCCAGACCAACGCUUUGGCCAAAUUGAAGGAGUGUUUGAGUUCUGUUGAAGGCUUGCAUUUAUUACCGGGUAGCAAAUAA